GCUAAGCAGAGGCCGGAAGCGGUGGUUUUUAGCGGCUCUCUGGGUAGCAGGGUGGUGUGAUAGCGGCAGCGAGGGGCUCGCAGAGGUGCUGGGAUUCUCGUAGCUGUGCCGGGUGAGUGGCGCUCGCGUUCGGGCGCGUGAGACCCAUCCCGGGGACCCGUCUCUGCGGGGCAGCUGGAGGGCGGCGGGGCUCCUGGCGCCGGUAGCGCACCUGGGCAGGUGUGCCAGCCAGGUCCCCGGUUCUGGGAUCCGAGGCCAUGGCUUGGAGUGGCCCAGACCCGAACUUCGCUCCUGUGCCCAAACUUGGAACUCUGGAAAUAUGGCUUCGCUCACUGGCGCCUUGAGCUUGGGCGACUGCCGGGCCCGCGAAACCCGACCCCUGCAGAGCUGACUCCGGGACUAUUUUAGUUUCUAACGUCAACUUGCCCGAUUCAAGAGGGUUUGCGCAAAAAACGUAGCCCAUUGUCCCCCUGCUGCAGCUGUUGUUGCAGCUGUGUGGCUGCGUUUAGUAGGAAUAGCCAACUCAAAUUGGGAAGUUCUUCAGCUCAGUAUCCGCUCCUAUAAUUAGAACUUUUUUUCUUUAAGCGAUGAAAUUUUGGACAGAGAGAUCUGGAGUUUAGUUUGUGGCUCGAAGAAAAACUUCAAAAUGUAAUACCUUGUACCAUUUGAGGGGAAAGUUUGGGCUAAUUCAAUUCGCCAUGGAAGUGUCUUCUUUUUAAAGUAGUUUAGUAGGUAUAUGAAUGUAUCUAUCAGUUCUUGAGAGACCUAUGGAUUUAGCAGAGAUUUUAACUUAAGUGCAAAAAGUUUUAUAUUUAACGGCGAAUAAAGCGGAUAUUUCUUAAAAUUAUUGGUAUUUGUUUCAUGUUCUGGAAGGGCUCUAAUAAACGGUAAUCAGAAAAGCACUUUAUUUUCAAAAGCGAGGCUUUACUGGCAAGUCAGCCCUUACAGCUAAUUGUCUUUGUCCAGUGGUGAGAACUUUUGGGUGUGGCAGUCCAAGAGAACGAAUCCUACCUUCUACCGGAAGUUUGCAUAAGAAAUGAAACUUGAUUUACUUGGAACGGAAGCACCAACUUGAAAUACACUUUUUAAAAAUUGUGGUUAGCACCAGAAAAUAAGUUAUACUUAGGUUUUUUUGUUAAGUGCAUUGAUUAAAUGAGGCGGUAUAUUUGGUCAGGGUUUAGAAAGCCCACCAAAUACUGGGUGCUAUCACACUACGCAGUGUUUUGUAAGAUGGUGGUUUUUUCUUGCAGAAUAUCUGAUAUUUUUCAGAAUAUUACCAAUUUGCGUGUUCGUUUUGUAGAAAAAGUUUCUAGGUUAUUUUACGUUUAUUGCCACUUUGUAAAUGCUGGACUCUAGGAUUCUAACCACAGAACUGUAAUGUAUAUAUUGGUAUGGAUUAGUCCCAUUUUAUAAACGAACAUAGUUUCUAGAGAUUCUGAAAACUUCUCGUGUCCUUUGGUGUGUGGGGAAAGCCACUUUGAGAAUCUCUUCUAUUUCUCCCACCUAUUAAUCUAAUCUAGUCUAACAUUUUCGUUAAUCAUGUUGUGUAUCUCUCUUGUUACAGCCCAUAAUGAUUCUGAGCUAAAACACAAAAACCAGAUUCAUUGCCACCAGCGCCCACCUCGCCUGACUUAAAAAAAGGACUUCACCACCACCAUGUCGAGCAAAAGAACAAAGACCAAGACCAAGAAGCGCCCUCAGCGUGCAACAUCCAAUGUGUUUGCUAUGUUUGACCAGUCACAGAUUCAGGAGUUCAAAGAGGCCUUCAACAUGAUUGAUCAGAACAGAGAUGGUUUCAUCGACAAGGAAGAUUUGCAUGAUAUGCUUGCUUCAUUGGGGAAGAAUCCAACUGAUGAGUAUCUAGAUGCCAUGAUGAGUGAGGCUCCAGGCCCCAUCAAUUUCACCAUGUUCCUCACCAUGUUUGGUGAGAAGUUAAAUGGCACAGAUCCUGAAGAUGUCAUCAGAAAUGCCUUUGCUUGCUUUGAUGAAGAAGCAACUGGCACCAUUCAGGAAGAUUACUUGAGAGAGCUGCUGACAACCAUGGGGGAUCGGUUUACGGAUGAGGAAGUGGAUGAGCUGUACAGAGAAGCACCUAUUGAUAAAAAGGGGAAUUUCAAUUACAUCGAGUUCACACGCAUCCUGAAACAUGGAGCAAAAGACAAAGAUGACUGAAAUAACUUCAAAUUCCAGCCAAAUGUUCCUUGUUGCCACUUUGGGUAUUCUGAGAUUUUCUCCUGCAUGCCCUUAGCUUUACAGCUUUUGCAUUUCCUGUUGUAUUUAUUCUCGGCCAUUUUGGGCAUAUGUAUCUUUAUAAUCAGACUGGAAACAGGACUUUCUAUUAAUACCAUUUUCAGAAUAGAAAAUAGGGUAAUUUAACCUACCAGCCCUUCUCCCCCAAUAACUGUGGUCUAUACAGAGUCAAUAUAUUUUUUCAGAGAAAGUUAUUCGCUCGAUUUUUUCUGAAUCAUAAUUAAACUUUAUGGUAAAAUACUUGUUUAAACUUAUUUACCAAACUUGGCUUUUGUUGGUUUUAGUUGUAUCUCCCCAAGAAAGGUAGAUGAGGGAAAUCCUAGAAAAUGAUAUGGUUGUUAGCUUUUUCUUCCUCCAAUUUUCCUAACAAUCAUAUCUCCUCUACUAUCCAUUCCUCCUCCUCCCAAGGAUAUCCAAUUUUAACUGCCCUAAUCAAGUGUUCUGCACUUUGUCUUCCAAUUUUUAAAAUAAUUUCCUGUAGAAUUUGCAUAUAUAUGAUAGUUUCCGUAGCUUUAAGUCCUUAAGUUGACAUACCUGCCAACAUUUCUACUUUAUUUAAACUUUUGUAAUUUCUGGUCAUUUAAAAUUAGACCAGGUCACUGAGUAUAAUUUCAAUUUGUCAUAUUUUUAAAAACCAUUUUGGCUUAAGGUUCUGUGGAAUGCUACCAAAGAGAGAUUUUUAUGUUAUGUUUUAAAGUGCUGGAAAUAUAAUGCAGUAUUUUUUUAUUA